AUGGCAACUAAAUUGAUUUUCCGUCAGCUAUUCGAACCUGUAUCAUGUACCUAUACAUAUCUGUUAGGCUGCUCAACAAGUAGAAAAUCGAUAAUAAUAGAUCCUGUGUUGGAAACUGUCGAACGCGAUGCAAAGCUUAUAAAAGAACUCAAUUUGGAUCCGAUGUAUGGUCUUAACACUCAUCUUCAUGCAGAUCAUAUUACUGGUACUGGCAAAUUAAAGCAAAUUUUUCCACAUAUGCGUUCUGUGCUAUCAAAAUGUAGUGGUGGUUAUGCAGAUGUGCGAGUCAGUGAUCGAGAGAUAUUAAAAUUUGGCAAUCAAAAUCUAGAAGUUCGUGAGACACCAGGUCAUACUAAUGGAUGUGUGACAUAUGUUUCAUAUGAUCAUCGUAUGGCUUUUACGGGAGAUGCACUUCUUAUACGAGGAUGUGGACGUACAGAUUUUCAAGAAGGAAAUCCGGAAGUGUUAUACAAGUCAGUACACGAGAAAAUCUUCAGUUUGCCUGAUGAUUUCCUGCUCUAUCCAGCUCAUGAUUACAAGGGCUUUUUAUUAACAACUGUUGGUGAAGAAAAGAAGUACAAUCCAAGAUUAACGAAAUCUUUAAACGAUUUUGUAGUUUUGAUGAAAAAUCUUAAACUCGCAUAUCCGAAACAAAUCGAUAGAGCUUUACCAGCGAAUAAAGUAUGUGGGAUGUACGAAUUAAUGGAUGAGAAAAUAAAAAUGUGA